ACUGCUGCUGCUGCUGUUUGCUCCUGGUCGACUGUGGCUAGCGACAGACUCUCUAGCCUAUGAAUGGUCCACAAAGCAGAUAACUGUAUCCACUGUAGAACCUACUAUCGAAACCUAACAGGCACCAAGCAGCCAUCUUUUCUCUUUUUUAUGAGUAGCUGAAAACACCCCAGUAUCGCCCGUUGGAUGAGAACAUUGUGUGAGGAAAUAGAGCCGCUUAGCAGGCCGUGUCGCCAUUGCUUUGUAAGGCUGCUGGCUAGCUACCGUCUGCUUCAACUAGCAAAGCUGUUCGUGAAGCCCAGCAACACGGAGCUUCAAGAUGAAGAAGAAAGCUCGGCAGCACCGGGUUGCGGUGCCGCAGAGGCCGCCAUCUCCCAUCAAACCUUCCCCCAACAAGCAGAUCCUGACUUACGCCCAGGCACAGCGUAUGGUGGAGCUUGAUAUCGAUGGACGCGUCCAUCGGCUCAGCGUAUAUGACAAGAUGGAGGUGAUCGCGGACGAUAACCCCAUGGUGCAGGAGAUGAUGGAGUGCACCAGCAAUAAGGAGAAUGCUGAUAAACCGCAGCAACAGGUCCUCUUGAGGUCAGUCAGACUAAAAAACAACCAGGAGAAGAGAAACGCUGCACUGGGCAUCACCAGUCAUGGAGAGGGAGGCGGACAUCAUGUCGGUGGUAUCGCCGGUCCGACUCUUCCAGACCCUAAAUUUCGUACUGUGGAAUAUAACCUUCCAGCAGUUCCUAAGCGUCCAGCUGCCUUUUAUAAAUAUCAAGAGAAGACUGAAGAAGAACUGGACGAGGAGACGGAGUACGACAUGGACGAGGAAGAUUACGCCUGGCUUGAUUUGGUCAAUGAAAAACGAAGAAGUGAAGGGAUCAGUCAGAUCUCUCACAACGUUUUUGAGUUCCUGGUUGAUCGCUUUGAGAAAGAAUCGUACCUGGAGAGCUUGGAUAAAAGCAGUGAAAAGCAAGCUCCCAUUGACGAUGAUGCUGUCUGCUGCAUCUGUAUGGACGGCGAGUGUCACAACAGCAACGCUAUUCUAUUUUGUGAUAUGUGCAACGUGGCCGUACACCAGGAAUGUUACGGCGUUCCCUACAUUCCUGAGGGCCAGUGGCUCUGCAGACAUUGCCUCCAGUCACCCACCCAACCUGCAGACUGCAUCCUUUGUCCCAGCAAGGGUGGAGCAGUAAAAAAGACAGAAGAUGACCGCUGGGGCCACGUUGUAUGCGCCCUUUGGGUCCCUGAGGUCGGCUUCUCUAACACAACCUUCAUCGAACCCAUUGAUGGCAUCAGCCACAUUCCCCCAGCCCGCUGGAAGCUCACCUGCUACUUGUGUAAAGAAAAAGGCGUUGGGGCAUGCAUCCAGUGCCACAAAGCCAACUGUUACACCGCCUUCCACGUCAGCUGUGCCCAAAAGGCUGGUCUCUUCAUGAAGAUGGAGCCUAUCAAAGACGUAACAGAGACGGGUGAGCCCACCUUCUCUGUGAAAAAGACAGCCUACUGUGGAGCUCACACACCUAAUGGCUGCGUAAGGAGGCCACUUACAAUCUAUGAUGAUGCCAAGCCUAAAAACGGACUGUGUAAGAAAGUGGACAAGGGGAGAGGAGUCGGUAAAGGACAGUCAAAAGGAAAACAGAAGAAGAAGAGUAAGAGUAAGAAGCCUGAGCCUGAGCCUGAAGUUGAAAGUGAAGAACCAGCCCCAGUUACUGUGCCUACUUUUCCUGCUCACAGGUUACAAAAUAUUCUCAACCAGGUGUCUAUCCAGAAGAAGAAAGCGUUUGUGGAGCUGGUUCUAAAUUACUGGACUCUUAAAAGGCAAUCCAGGAAUGGGCUUCCCCUGAUCAGACGCCUCCAGACAAGCCUGCAGUCUCAGAAGAAUGCGCAACCGAAGCAGAAUGAGGAGGAGACCAGAGCACUGAAGGACCAACUGAAGGAAUGGCACCGGCUCCGGCACGACCUGGAGAGAGCCCGGCUGCUGCUGGAGCUAAUCCGCAAGAGGGAGAAGCUCAAGAGGGAAGAGAUUAAGUUCCAGGAGACUCUUCUUGAGAUGCAGCUGACUCCCUUCAGUAUUUUGCUCAGAGCCCUCUUGGACCAGCUCCUGGCUAAAGACCAAGCCAAGAUCUUCGCCCAGCCGGUUGAUGUCAACGAGGUGCCCGACUACCUCGACCACAUCAAGCACCCGAUGGAUUUCUCCACCAUGCGGCAGCGAAUCGAUGCCCAGAGCUACUGCAACUUGGAGCAGUUUGAGCAUGACUUCAACCUCAUUGUUGACAACUGCAUGAAAUACAACUCGAAGGAUACAUAUUUCUACCGGGCUGCUGUUCGACUCCGAGACCAGGGCGGGGCGCUGCUUAGAAAGGCGCGGCGCGAGGUGGAAAGGAUCGGCUUCGACAUGGAAAGCGGCAUGCAUCUGACGGAAGCUCCUGAAAUCAAAGCACCGCCAUCCUUUUCUUGGGAGGACGUGGAUCACCUGCUCGUGCCAGCCAAUCGGGAGCACCUGUCACUGGACAAGCAGCUACAGCAGCUACUGGAGAAGUUCGAUCUGACCUGCGCCAUGAAGUCCAGCCCCUCCCGGAGCAAACGCAUCAAGCUGUUAAAAAAGACCAUCAAUGACGUGCGCAACGAAAUGAGCCUAAAGAGAGUCCUACCCUCCCACCACCAUCACCAUCACCACCACCACCACCAUCACCACCACCACCACCACCGCUCUCCCUCCACAGCCCCUUCCACAUCUGCAUCAUCUUCAUCAGUUCCCUACCAGCCAGAGUCUAGUAAACCUAAAGCGGAAAAAUUAAAGACUAAUGGACACGUCCCAGACGAUGAGGGAGACAAAUCUCUUCCUCCUAAACUGGAGCCUUCAGACUCUAUUCCUCCUCUCAUCCACUCAGACACAGACCCCGAACCCCCCACCCUCAAACCAAUCGACGCUGCCCCGUACUGCGAAGACAAAACUCAUGGCAAGGGCGCCAAGUUCGACAGGGAAAUACCGGACCUGCUGUCAUUGGCCCCGCGCCUCAAUGGCCACUCCCACGACAGCCUCCAGAAUUCUUUGCUAGACAAAGACGUGAGCGUGGUGGCCACGUCCACUCUCGCUGAGCCCACGGGCACCGUGAACCGCCGGACCGCCGUGCUCUUCCGCAAAUCGAAGGCCUCCAGUCCACACAAGCCCCCGAGGAGUGGAGAGAAGGACGCUGACGGAGCUGACAGAGAAAAGGGCGAGGAAGGGGAGGUGGAGGGGGAGGAGGAAGACGAAGACGGCGCGCAGCUGGGCUCCAAAUCCUUCCUGUCAGUGGUCAUACCCAGGCUGGAGACGCUGCUUCAUGGCAAGAAGCGGAAGCACAGUGGUGGCAGAGACAGCGAGGAUGAGGGAGGGGAUGGAGAGCAUGAAGAGGAGGGCGAGUCCCCUGUUAAAAGGCUCGAUACCGGCCUGUCAAGCGGUUUCCUUGAAGAAGAAGAGGAGAAGGAGCUUGAAGCGUCCAGUAGAGCCAGCAGACCUGUGGAACCACGUAGACGCUGUGCCUCUGAGUCCUCCAUCUCCUCAUGUAGCAGUCUGCCAGGAGGCACCAGCACCAUUCUCAGUCUUCCAAAAUGUGGGAAAGGCAAACCCGCGUUGGUCCGGAGAAACACUGUGGACGAUAAGAGUGAAUUAAUCGCCUGCAUCGAAAAUGGGAAUUUCGCAAAAGCUGCAAGAAUCGCCGCCGAGGUUGGCAACAGCAAUAUUUGGAUGCCCACUAGUGCUGCAACAGUUGCAUUGGAACCCCUAAAGCUAGUUUGGGCCAAAUGUAGCGGAUACCCUUCCUACCCUGCCUUGAUCAUCGACCCCCACAUGCCGCGUGUGGGCUGCCAGCACAACGGGGUGUCCAUCCCCAUGCCCCCCAUGGACGUGCUCCGCAUCGGAGAACAGAUGCAGUACAAAGCCGAAGAGAAACUCUACCUCGUCCUCUUCUUCGACAACAAGCGCAGCUGGCAAUGGCUUCCUAGAUCCAAGAUGGUUCCUCUGGGGAUGGACAAGACCAUCGACAAGAUCAAAAUGAUGGAGGGACGCACAUCCAGCAUUCGCAAGGCUGUCCAGAUCGCCUUCAGCCGUGCCAUGAACCACCUGAGCAUAGUGCAGGACGAGCCAGUCAGCGACCUCAGCGACGUAGACUGAAGACACUCACUGACUCUCUCUCCCUCACACACAAACACACAAACUCGUACCUCUCCUGUACCAAAUACCUUCCUCUCCCCGCCCUCUCUCUGUCUCUGCAGGAGACUCAAAUGUUUACUUGGCACCUGCUGUAACAGGUGGUGUCUCUCCUCAUCCAUUCCUACUUGUACACACUCCUACCAUGUGCCGAUGGGAUACGGCUGCUGCUGAAAUGAAUGUGUCUAUCCUACUUCUCCACCUCCAGGCUUGUAACUGUGCUUAGAGACUGCUUCUUUUGUCCCUCCACCCUCACUCCAACCACCAUCAUUCAUCAUUUCAAGGCAAAAAACAUUAGUGAUUGAUUUCCCACACUUUGGUAAACUUACCAAACAUUUCUCUGGACUCAAGAUAAGAACUUCACACCAACCAAUUGCUGGUAGAUUUUUGGCUGCAGCUGAUAUGAUUUUCUCUUGACUCAGCUGUAGCCAAAGUCUAUGUUUAUGUCAAAGUCACAUUUCCAUACUUUAAAUCAUGUCCAUUUACAAGUACCUUCCUUUGUAUUUAAACUGUAAAUAAUGUGUACAGUUGCCUGACACUAACUUAUUUUGUAGUUUUGACAUAAAUGGGUACUGUACAGGAGUUUCUUAGUAUUUAUACUUGAUGCUUUCUUGGCACUGAGGUGUGAGUGCUAUUUUGCCAGUGCUGUAUGAUCAAGAAGAGAAAAAAAGCCUUAGUAUUAAGGAGAUUAGGGCUAAAAAUUAUCAUGUUUUGAAAAGUAUGAGAGUAUUCCUUUUUUCAUUUUUUUUUUAAGUUAUUGAAGUUUAUAAUCGUAAGCUUCCAUUUGGUAUUAAUCCUUUUUGUAUUAAAAUAGUUUUAGUAUAUUUUUGUUCCUAUAUAUUUAUAUGAUUUGAAUACACAGUAAUACAGUAUGUAAGUCUCUGAAGCUCAUACAGGCAGUCUGAUGUUGUGGACACAGGACGUAUAUUGUUCUCAAGAAACCAAAAAUGUUGCUACCCAGAAUUUUUUGCUGAUUGAUUUUCCGUGUGAUGUGUGAAAUUGUUGCCAAAAAAAGGAGGAAAAAAAGUGAAAAUGUAUUUAAUGUGAUACAUUUGACUGUUAUUGAUUUUUGCUGUAGUCGUAGGGAGAUGUGCCUGCGUUAACUUAUUGUAAAGUAUUUGCAUCACUUUAUAUUCAAGGAACGACGUGCAAAUCGAUUGUGGUAAAGUGACACAUUUUGUGGUGGAUACUUGCCUUCUUUUUAAGUAACCUUUUCUAACUUUUUUUUGUAGAUGUAGACUUCAAGACAUUUCAUUUUAUACUAUUGCCAAUUUUUUUCCUGGGUAGCAUUGGGUAGUUUUGGUAUAUUUCAUUUUGUAUUUAACUGUAGUAGUUUUUUUAAUCAGGUAAUACAAAAUAUUGCUGGGACUGUUUUUUGUAGCAAAGCAAAAAAUAAAAGAUAUAAACACAUAUUCCUCUUCCUUUUUCAGACAUAAAGGUAAUGUUUAUAGUUUGAAAGAUGUAAUU